AUGCGACAUGUAGACCGUGUGCUCAAGGUCACCCAAAUGUACAAGUGUAUCCAGGAUGUCGACCUCAAGCUGUUUCGCGCCACCGCGGAAGCCUUUGAUCCUUCUCUGGAAGAUGGAUAUUCUGCGUUGCAAGACCAUAUGAGGGAGUACUAUCUCGAGAUUGCAGAUCGUCUUCUAGAUCUUCAGAUCCUCACCCUACGACACAUAGCAACCAGUAAUCCUGGUCAGGGAUUGAAGCCUCAUCCAUUCAGCCACCCCCAAGAGCGCGACACUAUCAUAAGAUACUCUGAUUUUAUGACUCGCUUUGUGAUUUUUCUUCUGCGACAUCAUCAGCAGCCAUUGCCGGACCUUCAAGUCGAGUUUCAUCCCAUGCACCGAGAAUCGCUGGAUGCCCUUGUCGAUGUCAUUGGAGGCUCGCACUCCAGAAGCCGGUGGAUGUCAACCAUUCACCGGGUGAUUCUCUUCAUCCUGACUUGUCGCAGUGAUGGGUUCCUAAAGGCGGAGUGGAAGGACCUAUUUUCUAUCUUUUUGAUCGCAUAUCAUCUUCGAGACGAUCAUGGAAACAUGCAUGCCACUGCGAGGAUUACCCCGAAUAUAUCCAAGGUCCAAUGGUGCUUUAGGGCGACCGCCGCUCAAGAAACUCUUUACCGUAGUGUUCACCACAAUAACAACGAUGUCAAGUGA